AUGUCCACCCUUUUGAAGUCUGCUAAAUCUAUCGUUCCAUUGAUGGACCGUGUCCUUGUCCAAAGAAUCAAGGCACAAGCAAAGACAGCAUCCGGGUUGUAUUUGCCAGAAAAGAAUGUGGAAAAGUUAAAUCAAGCUGAGGUUGUUGCCGUAGGCCCGGGUUUCACUGAUGCCAAUGGUAAUAAGGUUGUUCCUCAAGUUAAAGUUGGUGACCAAGUUUUGAUUCCACAGUUUGGUGGUUCUACCAUUAAAUUGGGCAAUGACGAUGAAGUUAUUCUUUUCAGGGAUGCUGAAAUCUUGGCCAAGAUUGCCAAGGACUGA